AUGUUCAUCAUCCCUGCGAGACCGAUGAUCCAUCUCUUCCAUUUCUACGACCGCCAUGCUCCGGCAAUUCAUUAUGGCUCGACAGCAUCUGCAGACCAGCUUAUAGCUGACGCCGUCACCCGCAAUAAAAUUCUAGCGCGAGAAAACAUUCUGUGUUUCGAUUUGGGUGCUGCUGGAAUAAUGAACUUACGCCAUUGUCUUGCGAUACGUGGGAUCCACGCUUCCGCCGAUUCUCAUGGGUACAAACUGGACUGGAUAUGCGGCAUUGGUUGCAGCGGCCUAUACGAAAUGUCUGCUUUGCCAAUCAACCCCGAGCGGGGUAGAUAUUAUGGAGUAAUAAUUUGCUACUCCGAAAUCAAUUUAUUUUUCGAGCCAAUGUCUACUAAUCCACCUGCCACCGGGUAG